AGACCGAGGCUGGCAUUACCUUUCACUUGGUUACCGACCGACAGAGGGUUCUACUCAUUCGGAGCCGUGCUGGGAACCGUUCUGCCCAACACACGCCCUUCUGAGCUGAUAACUGGGAACUUUGGGCACGUCAGUUUCUGCACACGCCGACGAUGGUCCUUUCUGAGAGGGCCCCUGGGACUCGGCUGUUCGGAGCUUCAUGACGUCGGCGACUCCGUGACGAUGCGGAGAAAUCAUGUCAGAAAACGUGGCUUGUCCGGGGGCUGUCACUGCUGUCAAGGAAAUCUGGGAAAAAAGGAUAAAGAUACUCAAUGAAGACCUGAAGCGAGAGAAGGAGUUUCAACAGAAGCUGGUGCGGAUCUGGGAAGAACGUGUGACCUUGACCCGGCUGAAGGAGAAGGUCACCAGGGAAAACGGGAGACUCGUUCUGAAGAUAGAGAAAGAGGAAUGGAAGACCCUUCCUGCUUCUCUGCUGAAACUCAACCAGCUGCAGGAGUGGCAACUGCACAGAACUGGUUUGUUGAAAAUCCCUGAAUUCAUCGGAAGAUUCCAGAGCCUCAUCGUGCUAGAUUUAUCGCGAAACACAAUUUCGGAGAUACCCCGCGGGAUAGGACUACUUACUCGACUUCAGGAACUGAUUCUUAGUUACAACAAAAUCAAGACAGUCCCCAAGGAACUGGGUAAAUGUGCCAGUUUGGAGAAACUGGAACUCGCCGUCAACCGAGACAUACGCGAUCUUCCGCUGGAGCUUGGCGGCCUGUCCAGUCUCACUCACCUGGACCUGAGCAUGAACAGCUUCUCGGCCUUCCCUCCCGCUGUGCUGGACAUGCCGGCCCUGGAGUGGCUGGACUUGGGUGGCAACCAGCUCCGACAGCUUCCCGAGACCAUAGACAGGAUGCAAACGCUCCACACGCUGUGGCUGCAGCGGAACGAAAUCACGGGCCUGCCGGAAACCAUGAGCAACAUGAAGAGCCUGGGCACUCUGGUGCUCUGCAACAACCAGCUGCCGGACAUCCCGGCGUUCAUGGAGGAGAUGACCGGCCUGAGGUUUGUCAACUUCAGAGACAACCCCCUGAGGCUGGAACUGACCCUCCCUCCCAGCGAGGGCGCGGAGGCGGAGGAGGAGGAGGAGCGGGAGCUGUUCGGCCUCCAGUUCAUGCACACCUACAUCCAGGAGGCUCAGAGGGCGGCAGAUAACCCAGCCGGCUGUCUGGACACCCCACCGGUCUCCGUGAAUCCGGAUGAAUGACCCCAAUCCGGAUGGCCCGCUGAAGACCACCGCGGGACCGCGAUGACCUCUCAAGUCUGGACUUCUCUCGAGUAAGAAAC